CAUCCCCUUAAAAUAUUUAUAAAAUAAAAAAAGUUCCCCAUUGAGUGACAUACUACUAUCUUAGGGUUAGGGUUUAUUUCUGACUUUCAUCGUCUUCUUCUGAUAACCUUCUUCUUCUUUCGAAAACCCACCAACCGCCGCCCAUGGAAAUUGAUCUGAAAUUGAAUGGAGAACUAUCUUUUGAAACACCCAUAUCUGUGUGCAGCUGGAACCCGAAGAUUCCCGGUGGUCUUGUCACCGGAGACUUCGAUGGGCAUGUUAAAGUAUGGAAUUUGCUCUCGAAAAGUAAAAUUGAAUUUCAAACAUUGAUGAAAACUGAACGGGUGGAUAGUUUUAGAAGUAUCGUAUCAAUAGAUAUUCAUCCAGAUGGGGAUACUGUAGCUGUAUCUUCGUCAAAUGGAUCCGUAAGAGUCGGCAGUAUUUCUAAAAAAAGACAAAUCUUUUACAUUUUUGGCGAGCCACAUGAAGAGAAAGGAAAAACAGAAGAAAAAGUCAAACCAGAAGCAAAAGGAAAAGGAAGAGGAAGAAAAAAGCAACCUAAAGAUGAAGCCCCACAACCUGAAGAUCUGCCGCAACCCAAAGAUGAAGCCCCACAACCUGAAGUUCUGCCGCAAUUGGAAGAUAAGUUGGAGCAACCCAAAGACGAAGCCCUGCAAUCUGACUAUGCUAUCGACCAGAUAUUGUUCAGUCCUAAGGGCACCCAUCUUGCUGGUGCUGGAGGGGUGAGUGCAUCCAUAAAAAUAUGGAAUGUUAAUGAAUGGAAGAAGAGUGACUCUAAUAGUCAUUUUGAUUUACUUUGUACUCUUACUGAAGAACCUCUCAAAUGUUUUAAGGGCAUCAAGAAUAGCAAUAUUACUUCCGUUGCAUGGAAUAAUAGUGGAGAUCAUGUGGCAUGUGGGUCCAUGGGGGGUCCUAUAUUUGUCUUUGAUGUCCCUAGAAAGCAGUUAUUGCAUACACUUAAUUGCGUAACCGAGCCUAUCAAUUCUCUUGCUUAUUCACCUAUAGCCGACAAGCUUCUUGUUUCGGGUUCGUAUGACACGUGCGUUCGUGUACAUGAUCUUGAAAAAAAUGAACCUUUCAAGCUCACAGGUCACUUGGGUUCCAUUUUAAGUGUUGAAUUUUGCCCAAAGGGUAAAACCAUUGUAUCAUGCUCCGUGGACAAGACUUUCAAGUUGUGGGACGUGAAGGAAAGGAAAUUAAUUACCACCAGGACCAAUCUCCAAAAUGGUGUUUGUGGAGUUCAGUUUUUACGGGCGGAAGAUAAAGAGACUCUACUUGCUACUAUAUCAGGUGAUUCUAUGAUGAUAUCACUAUACAAGUUCUUGGAAACACAGCCUCGAUAGUUCUCCACUAAGAAUUAGUGUUUUCUGGAUUACUAAUCAGAUUUGAUGUCGUGUUUGAUUAUCUUGUGUUGGCUGUUGUGUUAAUGACCUACUGUGUAUGCUUUUCGAUUCUUAAUAUGUACUUGAUAUAUUCUUAAUAUAACAUUUUGCAGUUAGGGUAAAGGCAUUGCAGUAAGGUUAGCCUGUUGGUGAGAUGCUGUGUUAUUGCCAUCUUACAAUUUACAAAACCUAUGUUCUUUCUUUUAUGACAUGGUUUUUCUUUA